AUCUGUCGUAAAUUUAACCCUUCACUUCAUGAAUGUUUUUAAUUCAUUGCUUACUAUAAGUGUGCAGUACACCGCAAUAAAUAAACAUAUCAACAAAAGGUGUAAACACAAUUUUUUUAUGUAAUAUUAAAAAAUUUGCUUAACCCAUGAAAUGUACAUUCAUUGCUUUAACUUGUUUUUCUUCGUCCAGUUUGGCUAUGCAACGCAAGAUGCAACGUUUUAUUUCUUGAUCAUAACAUAAUUAUGUAAUAUAUAGAGAAAAUGCCUUGAAAAUGUUUCAAAAAUUAUUAUCGCUUCGUGUGCUGAGCUUUCGUACAUUUUCGUUUCAUUUUCAGUGUGUUAGUCGACUUCCAAUUCAACUAAAAGUUUUGGUGAACUCCAACACUAGCAUUAAAAGUAUUUCAUUCGAGUCUCGUAUGGUUUGCCACUGGAAAACAAGUCAGUAUUUUCUGAGAUACCGCGGGAGAAGGAAUAAAAGCAAUACUAACAUAUGAUCUCAAGGGGAGUGAAAAGUCUAUUUUGCAGUGUGUUUUCGAUUAUUUGCGGCAAUCUUAAAAUCGAGAGUCAUCAUAAUUAUACUUGAUUACGUCACGCGAGUGGUAUUAGAUAGUGAAACUCUCGAGAAUGACUGCCCUUGGAGAGGAAUAUUCCGCUGAGGAAUGGCACAACAUUUCCUGUGAAUUUCAGCGAAUAAAAGAUGAACAUUACUUGGAUCAUGCUGGAGCAACUCUCUAUUCGGAGCAUCAAUUGCAGGCAUGCUUCGAAGACUUACGUAGUAAUCUCUAUUGCAAUCCACACACUAGUAAAUCUACAGAGGAUCUUAUUGAUCAAGUGAGAUACAGAGUUUUGGAGCAUUUCAACACAGAUUCCUCCAAAUAUCAUGUAAUCUUCACGUCUGGAACCACAGCAGCACUGAAAAUGGUAGCAGAAACCUUUGACUUUGAUGGGGAGAAAUCGCAAUUCCGAUAUUUGAGAGACAGCCACACAUCAGUGCUCGGAAUGAGAGAAUUGGUGAAAACACAGCAAAUAAUUCCCAUGGAGAAAGAGGAUCUUUUAGCCAUAUCAGAGAGAAGAACUCCUUGUCGUCUCCCUUCUAGCAACUCAAACUCUCUCAUCGUGUUUCCCGCUCAAUGUAAUUUCAACGGCUUUAAAUAUCCUCUGGAAACAAUUGAGUGUUUUCAGCAUAGAAGUCUUCCCAGUGAUAUGAAGGACAGUGAGUGGUUUGUGUGUCUCGAUGCUGCAAGUUUCGUCUCAACGAACUAUCUUGAUCUUCAGAAGUACAGUCCUGAUUUUGUGUGCAUCUCAUUCUACAAAAUUUUCGGUUAUCCAACCGGAUUGGGAGCUCUUUUGGCGAGCAAAAGGGUAGAGAAUGCCCUCAAAAAGCGUUACUACGGCGGAGGAACUGUGAAAAUUGCAAUGAGUCAGAUAAAUUUCCACGAGAAACGUGAUUGCCUGCAUGAGAGAUUCGAGGAUGGCACAAUAUCCUUCAUAUCCAUCAUUUCUCUUCUGCACGGCUUCAAUACUCUAAAGCGACUGAUUCCUAGCAAUGCAGAAGAAGGCACAAUGCAAAGAAUUUCUAGAUAUACUUUCAACCUUGCCAAAUACCUCAGAGAUCGUCUGGUGAAUAUGAAACAUUCUUCUGGAGGAAGUGUCGUUAAAUUAUACAGUGACUCAGACUACAAUUCAUCCCAAUCUCAAGGAGGAAUUGUGAACUUUAACAUCCUUCACAGCGAUGGAUCUUUCGUGGGUUUUGCGGAAUUUGCCUGUAUGGCUUCAAUUUAUAACAUCAUUAUAAGGACUGGAUGUUUCUGCAAUCCUGGGGCGUGUCAAAGGCACAUGAAGCUCACUAACGAGGAUGUAAAGGAACACUAUAAGGCAGGUCACAUUUGUGGCGAUGCGUAUGACUUGAUCAACGGUAUUCCAACUGGAUCUAUCAGAGUGUCUUUUGGCUAUAUGACUACGAAGACCAAUGUCGAUGCCCUCAUAAACAUGAUCGAAAACUGCUACUGUCGUCCACAUAAAAGAUCUGUUGAACUGGGAAUGAUUUCGCACAUGUACAAGAGAUAUCCAAUGAAAGCUAAUGAUAUCAAGCUGGAGAUGAUCUGUGUGUAUCCUAUAAAGUCCUGUGGAGCUUUCAAAGUAUUCGACAAGUGGCCACUAACUCCUUGUGGCCUGAAAUACGACAGAGAGUGGAUGAUCGUGACAGAGAAGGGUGUCGCUCUCACGCAGAAAAACAACACCAAAAUGUGUCUCAUAAGACCAGUAAUUGACCAGGAGAGAGGCAAAAUGACCCUCCACUUUCCCGAGAUGGAAUGCAUUGAUGUGGAGUUGAGCAUUGACGAAGACAAUAGUGAAAUAAUGCAAGAUUCGAGUUUGUGUCAGAGUAAAGUGUGUGGUGAUCGGAUUAAGGGAUACGAUUGUGGUGAGAAAGUUGCUCAGUGGUUGGAAAAUGCCCUCGAUUUGCUUGGAGUGCGUCUCAUUAGGAAGGUCAGUUCUGAAAAGCGCUUCUUUCGCAAAAAUGGUACCACCAACGAUCUUCCAGAGAUAUCACUAGCGAAUCAAGCACAGUUCUUGCUCAUCAAUACCACAUCAGUUUCCUGGUUGAUGGACAAAGUGACUGAUUGGGAUGACCAAGUGGAUAGAGAAGGUCUUCUGCCGAAUGUCGUUGACCGCUUUCGCGGAAAUAUCGUGAUAAAAUCAUCUAAAAGCAUGGAAGAGGGAGCAUGGAAAAUGAUUAGAAUUGGUCCAAAUCUCUUCAAAGUUGACGGUCAAUGUACAAGAUGCCAGAUGAUCUGCAUUGACCAACAAACAGGAGAGAAGACAACUGAGCCACUGAGAACAAUUGCCAGAGAAUUCGAAGGAAAGAUGAAAUUCGGAAUCUACCUAUCGCAGAUGAAUGAUUUUACUAAGAAUUUACACGUCCUAAGCUGCAAUGAUAAAGUAGAAAUUACUGAGUGA